AUGAAUGACUACGCUACGGCCGCCAAGUUUCUCGCCGAGGAUGGAAUGCGAACGUUACCCAUUGCGUGCAGAUUAGUGCCGCUUGAUCAGUGGCUGGUCACACAUGUAGAUACAUCCUGGAAGAUCAAGGACAUAAAGCAAUGGAUUUUGUCCAAGUGCAAUCUAUGGGAGGACACAUCCGGCGCUCCUCAGCCUCCGCGAUUUAGGCCCGCAUCCCCGGUCACUUUCUCUGCUCCCUCAAGACGAAGCUCCCUUGACUCGGGAUCGUGGGGAGGAACUGAAGAAGGUGCCGAAGACGACGAUUGGGACGCAUUCGCUGCUGUGGAUUAUAAUGCUGAACUGCGUGCUUCGGAGUCAGGGCUUACUUUUGAUACUGCAAAAUCAUCCCUAGCAAAUGCAGCUUCCGAGCAUACUGUUUCAACUACGUCUUUCUAUACCCCGCCUCCGCCGACACAACGGACAAGUACCGAGCGCGACUUCGCAGCAAUGAGCGCACAAUAUACUCUAGUCAGCUUUUCUAAUGGCUUUAUUUUAGAGGAUGAUGCGGACUUGUCGUGGUAUAGACCGCGUCCGUUUGAAUUAAUCGAGGUGCACCGGGCGGGCGGCAUUGUGUCACUUCCGCGCGUUGGAAUCGCGUACGCGGAGCCGUACUUCGAAUCGCCCGUGCGUGUCUCUGAGCGUCCACAUGGAAAGCGCCCCACGCGCAGCUCUGAAGACCAACAGGCACAUUCGGCAGAGUGGAAGGCGCGUUGGGCUAUAGUCCGAGACGGCAUCUUGCAUUUAUGCAAAGAGGCGCAUUCGCCCCCAACGCAUCGAUUCCCGAUCUCCGCUUUAAACACUCUUAGUAGCCCGGAACAUUGUGGGCUAGUUGUUGGUGACAAGGCUUCAAUGACUCGUGUCAUUUGUGCAAAGUUUAAUCGGGUUUCAUUGUCUGGAAGCGGCGUAACUGGCGAGUCUGAUGAAAUGGCUUCGCCAGGUACUCAGCGGAAAAGAAAGCCUAAAACAAGUUCAUGGGUUAUUCUUGACUUGCAAACUCGUAGUUCAUAUGAAAAUUUACUUCGUGUUCUUCAUCGCCUUGCGCCGCACCCACUUCCUUCGACUUUCUUGCCACCGAGAACACCAGCAUCAUCCCCGGUGAUAGCGUCAUCACCGCGGCAACGGACGUCCUCCUCUGAUGCCCUCUCGUCUCCAAUUUUAGAGCAUGGUCUUGCUCCUCCUAUAUCUGCCUUCUUUGGUGUUCAAUAUCCAGAGUGGCGCCUCGCGCUUGUUCAGCGCUGCCGUGCGGCGGGCCGAGGUGCUAUCGGUUCUGCUUUGGCAUUAGCACAGGCAAAUUGUCUUCUCGCAAGCAAUGGUUAUUGUGAAAUGUAUCAUCCACUGCCUCGUGCCCCAAGCAUAUCAGAGGGCUUACGACGAUGUGCCGAGCAGACUUCUAUGGGAUCUGAGGACGAAGGAGUAGGCAGGGAGUCAGACUCGUCUGGACCACACCCAUGGAAGGCUGCGCUUUCGGAAGACGAUGACGAGGAAGGGGAUGACGACGUGGAAAGCGAAGUAGAAUGGGAAGGCUGGAUACGCGAUUUAGCUCGGCGGCCAACUCGUCCCCCACCUUUGAUAUCGACAGUUUCCUCUGGGCAUAAAAGUAUCAGCCCAGGACGUUCGAGGGCUGUCUCACCGUCAUCACCGUCAUCUUCAGAAGCGGAUUACGAUUACGCGGAGAGCGGAGGUACAGCACGAGUGCGCACAUUUUCGUACGCUCCUCCCCUUAGAUCAACCUCAUCUCAUCGGGCGCGCUCCAACACCAUAUCUGCGGCUGGUACGGCACUCGGAGAGACAUACACAUACACGAGUACGACGACUACUACGAUUACGACAUACGUUGACCGGGUCCCUGACUUACUUGCCCCUUCGCCUUCGUCGGCGGCUACCUGGACACAUCACUCAUAUGAAGGACCUGUACAACCUCUACCUUCUCCUACAUCAUCCCCUCGCAACACACCUCGGGCACGACGUGUGCGUGCCCCGAGCGGUUCUGCAACAGGAGGGACACAAUACGGCUUAACUCCGCCGCAGAGUAUUUCGGGUCCGGGUUCUCGCGCUGCAUCGGUCUCAGGAUCUGAGCUCAGUACCAGCGUGGGAGACGUUGGGAGUGGGAGUGGAAGAAACGGAGGUAUUGGUGGAGUGAAACGUAUCGUGCGGGGCGUGAGCAUCCGGAAUGCUUUCAGUACGGAACGAUUUGUACGCGGACUUGAAGAUGCUUUGGAUUUCGUGGAUGGAAGAUAG